UCAGUUUAUCUUUAAAAGUUUAUACAAACGAUUAAACUUUUAGAUUAACAUUAAACGGGACAGGGCAGGACGUAUUUGUGACUGGACACUAACUUGAAAUCAACAUCAUGGGAAAAUAUACACUACACUACUUCAAUUUAAAGGGGAGGGGGGAAAUCGUCCGUUUGAUGCUCGUUGCGGCUGGUGUAGAUUUCGAAGACCACAGAGUGGAGCGCGAGGAAUGGGCCAAACUCAAACCAACCAUGCCUGCUGGUCAGAUGCCCGUAUUGGAAAUCGAUGGUAAAAAGUUCUGUCAGAGUAUUGGUAUCGCCCGAUACCUUGCACGAGAAUAUGGUUUGGCAGGAAAGAGCAGUAUGGAUCAGUUGUUAAUUGACCAGGUCGUAGACACUGUUAGUGACCUAUUGACGGAAAUGAUCAAACCAGUGUUUGAACCAGAUGAGAAAAGAAAGGCUGAAAUGUUCAAGAAACUUAAGGAGGAGACCAUUCCCCGUAUGAUGGGGAUCCUGCAGAAUUUUCUGGAUGGCAAUGGUGGAAAGUAUUUCGUAGGAUCUCAGCUAAGCUUGGCUGACAUUUAUUUUAUGGAUGUGGUAUCUCGACUUUUUGAUAAACACGGGAAUGUGUUGGAAAAGUUCCCCUCGCUGGAUGCUAACUUAAAAAGCACACAGUCCCUCCCCAAGAUCGCGGAUUAUCUCGCCAAACGACCAAAAACAGAACUCUAAGGCAGCAAUAUAUGUAUGAUGUGACCCCCAUUAUCCAUGUGUAUUUCUUGUAAUAAAUGUAUUAUUUGAAAUUCAAA